UUCAGAGUCUGACAUUCAAAGAAAAGCCCAGAUCCCUUUGAACACCAGAGUUCUUCCACAAACAAGAAAAAUACAACAAUGCUCUCUGAAACAGAAAUGUAAUAUUCUUCCACAGAGCGGACCGAGGGAGAUACCAUCUACAUAUUUUUUUGAGAAAGCGGAUCGAGAGAGAUACCAUCUGACAACGUCGAUACAGAAAUGUAUCUGCCGACACAUCUACUGAUAGAUAUCUUCUGCAGACUAGAAGUCAGGUCUCUUGUACAAUGCACUUGUGUCUCCAAAACAUGGUAUCAAGUUAUUCACUCUACUUCCUUGGCUAACACGCAUCUCACUUACCAAAAAACCUCCUCUGCAAACAAAUAUGUGCUACAUCAAGAUUCGAGAUCAUGCACAUUACUCACCAAUUGGGAGCCGCUUCUUGAUAGUACGAAUCAUUCAAAACACCGUUACACUCCCGAAUUAUUCGAGAAAAAUAUCAACAUUUUCGAAGGAUGCCAACUCAAGAUCCACGGAUUUUGUGACGGGCUGUUAUGUAUUUCUAGAAACGGUGUAUCGGAUAAUAAUCUCAGAGAAUUUAAUUCUGGCUAUCGCGUUGGAGAUAAUUUACAUCUCUGGAACCCGAUUUGUAGAAAGGCUAAGAAGCUUCCAGAGCUCAGAAUUUCUGACGAAUACGAUUGGCUAAUGAGGAAGGGCGGUGUGAGCUUUGGACAUUAUGAUCAUGACUAUAAGGUCAUAGUCAUUUCCACAAUUGGUAAUAUUUUCGACGUUUUUGUUUACAGCUUGAGUACUAAUUCUUGGAACAUCAUUCAUACUAAUUAUCACUAUGAAGAUGAAAUUGUUGAUUUUUGCGUUGUGCCUGAACCUACCAAGUUUGUAGAUGGUAUUGCAUAUAUGAUAACAGAUACGUUUAGGUACGGACCCGGACCUCAAUCAAUCGUGCCACUGGCUGUCUGUUUUGAUGUCAGAAAUGAGACUAUUCAGCAGUUCAGGUGUCCGGAAGAAUUUAUCAAAUAUCGUACUCAAUUUGCUAUGGAAGCAUUCGGAGAAUCAGUAGCUGUUCUCGGAUGUGAUGAUGGUUCUGGAUUUCUUGACAUGUGGAAUCUAGUUAAAGACGAGUUCUCAUCUGAAUCGCGCUGGGAGAAGAGGCUUGUUAUAAAAUUGCAGGAAGUUGGUUUUUCAGUUCCUGUAGGUUUAUUGUGUAGUGGUAAAUAUUUGGUACGGACGAUUGUCUUUCUGGAAUACCGAGAGCAGGUGACAAAUUUCUUUUUGUAUGACUUGGAGUCUCUGGAGGUUACGCGAUAUAAGUCUCCUGAAGAUUAUCCGGAUUAUCUUUGCAUCAUAAAUUCUAAUUGUGAGGAGAGCCUUCUUUUACUCGAUGAGGACAGCGUGAAUCCUUUUGUUCACAAGGAGACCGAGUCUUCCUGCAGUUCCAUGGUGUUUACAUUGCAGAAUGCUAUUGCCAAGACGUUACCAAUCCCUGUUAAUGUGCAUUAUGGAAGGAAGCAAAAGAGUCGAAAGAAAAAAAUGAAGUCGUUAUACGACAAUGGCUCUGUCCACGGUCCAGAGAUGCUUGAGCUCACUGAAGACUAUAUUGCAGUGAAAUUUGCGAGUGGAUUAUCAAAUCUUGCUUCUCUGUCCCUUUCUAUUUCAUACCCGAGUAUUGCUGCAGCAUCGUGCAUGUUCAGCAACGCCUAUAAAAAUGUCUUGGCUUUGUCUCUGGCAACAGACUACACCUACAAGCAGGCUGAGAAAGUUGAGGAGUUUUUGAAGGAUCUGUCCAAGUAGGCUUGCUCUGUGGUUUCGGUUGCUUCAUUUGGUGAUCAGCCUCCUGCGAAGUAGGCAGCAAAGAAGGAAGAGCCUGAAGAUGAAUUAAUAACAAUGUUGUCUCUGUUAUGUAUGAUUAAGUGGAGUUUAGUAGUCCUAUUUCGAAAGAGAAUGCGUGAUUAAUCGGUGUCUUUUUAGUGUCUGUCCAUCAAUUAUUUUUUAUUUAGUGGAGAAUUUUGUGCGCAGAUUGACCAUCAUUAUUAAUGCGAUUAAAGUCAAUAAAAAUUCAGUUUUCA